AUGCCUCCAAAGGUAACCGAUUUGACUUUUUUCUGUCGAGCGUUAUCCAAUUUGUUCACGAUUGUCUUGGAAAAAGCUGCAGCUUAUGCAAGAGUUCUGAAUGGGACGAAUGGUCAACCACCAUCCCCGGCAGCUAUUCACUUUUUCGUCUAUCCAAUAUACGGAGCUGAGGGUGGCGAACAAACGCCACCUUUCAUCUUCUUCACACCACUUUUCGUUCCACAAGAAAAUCGGAAACAUGUAUCUGAAUCUACCAUGAAGAAGUUACCAAUUAUUGAAAUCACCCAACAAGACAUCGAUGCGCAAGCAACUUGUCCAAUUUGCCUGGAGGCAUUCUGUUUACCAUCCACUGACCAAGAGUCAAAUUCGUUGCCUCAGACUGUACGGCAAAUGCCCUGUAAACACGUGUUUUGUGAAUCGUGCUUAUUCCAAUGGUUGAAAGAGAAUAAUACUUGCCCCUUGUGUAGGAAGGAAAUUGAAGCAGAGGGCGCUCCGCAACAGCCGCAAAAUGAACAAACUGCUGCAGAAAGUACAACUGUGUCUUCUCAAGAAGACGUGACAAUGGACGAUGCAAGUUUAUCAACUGAUUCAGACAGUUCUUCUGCAUCGUGUGCCCUAGAAAGUGUUGGUUGUUGCGGUGAAUCACAGAGCAAUGAAGAAUCACCUACCGCUUCUCCGUUAAUAACUUUACCACAAUGUCACCACCAAUUUCAUGCCUCGUGUCUAAGGACUUCGUUGAUCGUUGAAGGUUAUUCUUUUGAAUCACCCAAUUCUCGACCAUUGGACUUUUAUUGCCCUACAUGCCGUUCACCGGCAAUCAUUCAGAGUGAUGUUUUGAAGACAUCAUCAGUAUCAUCUCCACCACGAGAACAGCAGCGACCAUCAUUACCAAUCGUGCUUUCUUUACCACCUGAUUCGGAUGUGAUGGAUUUGGAUUAA